AUGGACGAACCCAGGCGCUUGGAACUCGACGAAGGAUGUAACGAAUCACGAUCGACCGAAGCCUUCGGCGGGGGCUGUGAUGUCAGCAUCGACAACGAACCCUACACUGGAGUGACGUCCGAGAAUGAGAUCAGCAAAAAAUCUGGCAUCUGUGAGAGAUGCAACUGCAUACCUUGGAAAGACCUUCUAAAAAACCCUCUGUGGUGGGUGCCAGACCAACCUGUAAUCAAGGAGGACAAGGUUCCGUUAAAGGCAUCAUCUUGUCGUAUCUGCAAUUUGUUCGCAAAGAUCAUCGAAACGCAGAAACUCUCAGAGAACGGACCGUAUCAUUUACGAAAGUACAGGCCUUGGUAUCUCAAGAAUAAGGAAGUGCCUGGCUUGCCUGCGUUAAAUUCAUCGCAAACCCUCCGAAUGUUCUACCUACAAGUUUCAGACACCGACCACAUAACAUGCCCACAACUCAUGGUCACCGACUUUCAACCCAACGACACAUCAACUAAACUGCGUUACUAUCAAGCAAGCAACGUCGACAUCGAGCAGGUUAAGGCUUGGAUAACGGAGUGUGAAACAAGCCAUUGCGUUGAUUGUGUUGGGGAUGCGGCUACCCACGAUCCGCUUCGUCAGUUGCGCGUGAUCGACUGUGAUCAGAAAAGCACUGUUCCUGCGCCUUUGGGAUGUCGCUAUGUUGCAUUGUCUUAUGUGUGGGGUCAGCACGAAAGUGCGUUCAAUGAUCUGCAAAACGCGCCGGAGACUAUCGCUGAUAGUAUUGACCUUACAAAAAGGCUAGGGUACAAGUACCUCUGGGUUGACAGAUAUUGUAUCGACCAAACUGAUCGUAUAGACAAGCACACACAGGUUUUGCAGAUGGGCGAAAUUUAUGCUGCAGCGCAGGUCACUAUCGUUGCUGCAGCAGGAAGCGACCCCAGCUAUGGCUUGCCUGGCGUCAGCUCACAAUCACGGCCUGUACCAAAGUCUGAAAAGAUUGGAGAUCUUCUUCCUGAAGACGACGAGUGCGCUGCUAAGGAAGUCAUGCAUUCCAUACAUAAAGUAUCAAAGUUAUAG